AUGAUGGAAAAGGAGACAAGGCGAACAUGGGGACGCGCCCUGUCUUUCUUGUUUGGCCCGCGUUCCCACGGAGUUUCCUACCCAACCCUGGGUGCGAGCGAAGUUGAACUGGUUACAGUUGAACCCUCAAAACCUGCCUUCGCGUUCUCCUUGGAUGCCUGGCAACGACAAUUUCGGCCCCCACCCGCAGGCCAGGCCGAGAGUGCAGUUUCCCAGGUCCCUCGCUGGAUCAGAGGUGUCUACUACUGCGCCCGAGUAGGUGCCUGUGUAAUUUUGGUCAACGUGGUCUCCAUAUCUGUGGCAGCUGGGCUGUCCUCGAGGUAUGGCGCCGAAUCCGAAUUAGCAGGCUCCAAGAUCGUCUACCGGGGCAGUUGUACCGCUGUCAAAAACUGGGAUGUUGCUCUUCAUUUGAUCAUCAACGCUUUGAGCACGAGUAUUCUGGGCGCUAGCAACUACUGCAUGCAAUCUCUUGUUGCGCCGACUAGAGAGGAGGUCGAUGCGUGUCAUGCGAAGGGUGAAUGGCUCGAUAUUGGAACUGCGAGCCUCGGGAACUUGUUCAAAAUCAGUCGACGUCGGGUUAUGCUGUGGAUUAUCUUGUUGAUAACAGCUACACCGUUUCACAUACUAUACAACUCCAUGAUUUUUGAGUCUAUUGCUACAAACGAAUUUGUGGUAUAUGUCGGACCACACGAUCUUGCAGCUGACAACGUGAUGAAUUUGACCACUCCUGCACUUGAAGAAUGCUUCCAGAUGAGUGCUACUUAUUUUGAUGUUGGAAGGUAUACCUGGUAUGAAUUUUCCUCGGAGAUUGCGGCAGGUAAUUUCACCCAUCUCAGCUUGGACACAUGCAGGGAUAUUCUCGACAAUAAGAACGCCGCAGGAAUAAAAGCUCUCAUGUUUCUUGCCGAAGAGCUGUCGGUGAAAGAUGGAGGCAAUUUGGCAAUCCAAUACAGUUCAUCUAGCGGCAGACCCGAUGUGGACGAUGAGACCUUUUGGAUGACGAAUUCAACCAGCUCGGCCGAAACGAAACUCCUGGGCAACACAUUUCAUUACAACACCACUCAAAACGUCACAUGCGCUCUUGCUGAUGACACCGCCGAUGAUACUCUGAACACGUACACCGCACAUGAUUGCAUACAGAUUUCCGCAGAGGAAAAAUGCCAACUGCUCUACAGCCCGACGAUUUGCAUUGUCAUAUCUCUUUGCGCGCUAGCAAAAGUGAUCGCGAUGUUUUUCGCGGCUCGGAUCAGUCACUCUAGGUCGAUGCCUCUGCUCACUAUAGGCGACGCGGUGGCAUCUUUCGUGACCAGGCCAGACCCUACCACGGAGGGCAUGUGCUGGAUAUCCAAGAGUGAUGUCUCCCGCGGACUCUGGGGAACCUGUGGUAAUCUAAAAGGCUUGAGCACGCCAAUUGGUACUUUGGAGCAAAAUGAAACGUGCGAGAUGAUGACAUACAAGAAGCUUGUGCAACGCAAGUGGUAUUUGCAAGUGCCAAGCAAAACGCGAUGGGCAAGUACGCUUUUCUUAUGUUUAUCCGGCAUAUCCGUAGCAGGGUAUCUUCUGGGCCUCGCAAUUCAAACUGACGGGUUCACUUCACUUUCGACAGACCUCCUUAGUGAGUGGUGGAGGGAAGGGGUCGGUUCAAGCAAUUACAACACCCUGGACAUAACCCUGGGAUCUAUGGUUGGCUCAGUGAUGGUAGCCAAUAUUCCACAGUUAUUGCUUACAAUGAGCUACUAUUGCUUGAAUAACAUCAUCACCGAUAUGCUGGCAGCGGCAGAGUAUAACUCUUAUGGUGUCACUCGCAAACCACUCCGAGUCACCCGUCCCGUGAAAGGCAGCCAGCAGAAGUCAACCUAUUGGCUCAGUAUACCUUACCAAUAUGGUGUGCCUCUGUUGCUUCUGCACAUGAUUCUUCACUGGUUGAUCUCGCAGAGUUUAUACUACGUCUUGGUGGUUCCAUACAAUGUCCAAGGAGAGGCAGACUAUGGCUCUGAAGUCAGUUCUCUUGGUUACUCGCCCUUACCCAUUUUCUUGGCAAUUCUCGUUUCGUCUUUGCUGGUGUUUCUAUUGAUUUUGCUGAGCUGCAAAAGGCUCAAAUCUGUCAUGCCGCUGGCUGGGGCCUGUAGCGCUGCAAUUAGUGCUGCAUGUCAUCCACCCAAGGGUGAAAACCUGGGCAAUGCAGUCCUGGGUCCAAUCAGGUGGGGCCAAACGAUAGAACCGCCGAAUUGGGUUAUAGAUCAUGCAGAUGAUAUGAUCGAUGGUGAUAGAGGUCACUGUAGCUUUACUGCGCUGGACGCGGUGAAUCCAACCCUGACCAAGUUGUAUGCUUAG